UAGGAUUGGAAACGAGGUUUUAUUGUUCCUUGUGUGGAGUAAAGAAAUACAUACUUACUAAACUAAAUAGGCUACCCAUCUCUAAUUUGACAGAAAAUGUCUAAACUACAGAUGUUGUGUGUGUUUUUAAAUGAUCGUUUAUCGGCGGCUGCUGUGGAUAUUUUUGGUGCAGUUGAGAAAACGGUAGUGGAGUACCAGGAGGAGAAUGAUCGGCUACGGAGACUGCUGCGGAGGACACCAGAGAUACAACUAUGUAGAAUAGAAUCCCUGCAGCCCUCUGUCUCUGAAGAGAAGGUUCCCCCUGAGCAGCAGCACUGUGGGCAGGAGUGGAGUCCAAGUCUGGGGCAGAAGGACCCAGAGACCAAACAGAUUAAAGAGGAACAGGAGGAAGUCAGGACCAGUCAGGAGGAAGAGCAGCUUCAAGGGGUGGAGCCUGAUAUCAUAGAGUUCAUAUAUACUCCUCCUUGUGUGAAAAGUGAAUGUGAUCAGGAGAACCCACGUCAAGAUCCCAUACUUGCUGAACACCCAACUCUCCUGAAAAUGUCUAAACUACAGUCGUUUCAAGAGUUUUUAAAUGAGCGUUUAACGGCGUUUGCUGCUGUGGAGAUUUCCGGGGAAUUUGCGAAAGCAGUAGCGGAGUACCAGGAAGAGAAUGAUCUGCUACGGAGACUGCUGCGGAUCACACCGGAGAUAAAACUAUGUAGAAUAGAAUCCCUGCAGCCCUCUGUCUCUGAAGAGGAGGUUCCCCCUGAGCAGCAGCACUGUGAGCAGGAGUGGAGCCCCAGUCUGGGGCAGAAGGACCCAGAGACCAAACAGAUUAAAGAGGAACAGGAGGAAGUCAGGACCAGUCAGGAGGAAGAGCAGCUUCAAGGGGUGGAGCCUGAUAUCAUAGAGUUCAUUUUCUCUCCUUCCUGUGUGAAAAGUGAAUGUGAUCAGGAGGACCAAACCCAGACUGUGGAGAACAGAGAGAGAGACUCUAAACCAGUGGAUCUCAAACCUUUUGGCACUGUGACCCACAUUAAGGGUCUCUACAUUCCCUGUGACCCUCCAGGUAAUCAAAACAAUGCCUCCAGCCACAGUUCAGCUGUAGGCAGCGACCCAGUAGGACUUGACAACAGUCCACUAUUGGAUCCCAACCCACCAAUGGGGGAACAUUGUUCCAAACCCAACACCAUGCCUAGAAGAACUCACCAAUGCCGUGACUGUGGUGAAACAUUUGCUCUGAAAGCUGACCUGCAGAGACACGUGACUCUCACCAAGAAGAGACCCAGUGAAUGUAGCUUUUGCAAAAAAAGCUUCAACUCCACCUGUAAACUGAAGGCCCAUGUCCGACUCUGUCACAUUGGGAAACCCUGUGGCAUGACCUUCAAACACAACCUGCCCAAUCACAUGAGGAUUCACACAGGAGAGAAAUCAUUUAGCUGCGGUGACUGUGGAAAAAGCUUCAAUCGGAAGAUGAGCCUAACUGAACAUAAACUGACUCACACAGGAGAGAAACCAUUUAGUUGUGGUGACUGUGGGAAAAGCUUUAAUCGGAAAGGUCACCUAACCAUACACAAACUGACUCACACAGGAGAGAAACCUUUUAGCUGUGUUGACUGUGGGAAAAGCUUCAAUCGGAAAGGUCACCUAACCAUACACAAACUGACUCACACAGGAGAGAAACCUUUUAGCUGUGGUGACUGUGGGAAAAGCUUCAAUCGGAAGGGGCACCUAACCAUGCACAAUCUGACUCACACAGGAGAGAAACCCUUUAGCUGUGUUGACUGUGGGAAAAGCUUCAAUCGGAAGGAGCACCUAACGAUGCACAAACUGACUCACACAGGCGAGAAACCUUUUAGCUGUGGUGACUGUGGGAAAAGCUUCAAUCAGAAAGGGGACCUAAGGAGGCACAAACUGAUUCACACAGGAGAGAAACACCAUCGCUGCUCCGUCUGUGGUAAAGGAUUCACUCAGAAGACGAAUCUGCUGAGGCAUGUGGAUAAAGUCCACAAAGGAAAGAAACAGGACAGAGCACUUAGAAACACUCACAUCCGUGGACUCAUCGAGGAGGAAACGUUGGUCACCCACAUCCGUGGACUCAUCGAGGAGGAAACGUUGGUCACCCACAUCUGUGGACUCAUCGAGGAGGAGGCUGAAACGCUGCUCACCCACAUCCAUGGACUCAUCGAGGAGGAGGCUGAAACGCUGGAGGAGGCUGAAACGCUGCUCACCCACAUCUGUGGACUCAUCGAGGAGGAGGCUGAAACGCUGCUCACCCACAUCUGUGGACUCAACGAGGAGGAAACGUUGGUCACCCACAUCCGUGGACUCAACGAGGAGGAAACGCUGGUCACCCCCACGUCUGCGACCAACUUUUUCAGAAAGGUGAGGCCCAGAACUCUGUGGUUCAAGAGGGUCCUCGUGUCCGUUGUGGCCUGUUCCCUGGGCGGGGCACAGACCAGCCAAUCAUCCAGGAGGAAGUCUCUGGCAGCGCUGGACAGGAGGGAGACUCUGGCAGCACUGGACAGGAUGGAGACUCUGCCUCGUGGAGGAAACGACCAGCUGAAUAGCCAACUCGUUAUCAGUCACCUUAAAAUGUCUAAACAACAGUCGCUUCAUGUGUUUUUAAAUGAGCGCUUAACUGCGGCUGCUGUGGAGAUUUUCGGGGAAGUUGAGAAAACGGUAGUGGAGUACCAGGAGGAGAAUGAUCGGCUACGGAGACUGUUGCGGAUCAAACCGCAGGUUAAACUAUGUAGAACAGACUCCCUGCAGCUCUCUGUCUCUGAAGAGGAGGUUCCCCCUGAGCAGCAGCACUGUGAGCAGGAGUGGAGCCCCAGUCUGGGGCAGAAGGACCCAGAGACCAAACAGAUUAAAGAGGAACAGGAGGAAGUCAGGACCAGUCAGGAGGAAGAGCAGCUUCAAGGGCUCUUUGAUACCAAAGACACCAUAUUCACUACUUCCUGUGUGAAAAGGGAAAUUAUAUUAGCUGAACACACAACUCUCAGUCCACUGAAAACGUCUAAACUACAGUUGUUCUGUGUGUUUUUAAAUGAAUGUUUAACGACAUCUGCUGCUGUUGAGAUUUUUGGUGUGAUUGAGGAAACAGUAGCAGAGUACCAGGAGGAGAAUGAUCUGCUACGGAGACUGCUGCGGAGGACACCAGAGAUACAACUAUGUAGAAUAGACUCCCUGCAGCUCUCUGUCUCUGAAGAGGAGGUUCCCCCUGAGCAGCAGCACUGUGAGCAGGAGUGGAGCCCCAGUCUGGGACAGAAGGACCCAGAGACCAAACAGAUUAAAGAGGAACAGGAGGAAGUCAGGACCAGUCAGGAGGAAGAGCAGCUUCAAGGGUUCAAAGACUCCAUAUUCACUCCUUCCUGUGUGAAAAGUGAAUGUGAUCAGGAGGACCCACUUCAGUCCUUGACUCUUCCCCAAACCCAGACUGUGGAGAACAGCGAGAGAGACUCUAAACCAGUGGAUCUCAAACCUUUUGUCACUGUGACCCACAUUAAGGGUCUCUACAUUCCCUGUGACCGUCCAGAUAAUCAAAACAUUGCCUCCAGCCACAGUUCAGCUGUUGGCAGCGAUCCAGUAGGACUUGACAGCAGUCCACCAUUAGAUCCCAGUCCACCAUUGGGUCCCAGCCCACCAUUGGGUCCCAGCCCACCAUUAGAUCCCAGUCCACCAUUGGGUCCCAGUCCACCAUUGGAUCCCAGUCCACCAUUGGAUCCCAGCCCACCAUUAGAUCCCAGUCCACCAUUGGAGGAACACUGUUCCAAACCCAGCACCACAGCUAGAAAAACUCACUACUGCCGUGACUGUGGUGCAACAUUUGUUCUGAAAGCUGACCUGCAGAGACACGUGACUCUCUUCAGUAAGAUACCCAGUGAAUGUAGUUCCUGCCAAAAACGCUACAACUCCAGCUGUAAACUGAAGGCCCAUGUCCGACUCUGUCACAGUGGUAAACCCUGCAUCUGCCCUAUUUGUGGAAAGACCUUCAAAUACAAAGGACAUCUGUCCAGGCACAUGAGGAUUCACACAGGAGAGAAACCGUUUACCUGUGGUGACUGUGGGAAAAGCUUCAAUCGCACGGAUUUCCUAACCAGGCAUAAACUGAUUCACACAGGAGAGAAACCAUUUAGCUGUGGUGACUGUGGGAAAAGCUUCAAUCGGAAGGAGACCUUAACUACGCACAAACUGACUCACACUAGAGAGAAACCAUUUAGCUGUGGUGACUGUGGGAAAAGUUUCAAUCGGAAGGUGAGCCUAACUGAACAUAAAUUGACUCGCACAGGAGCGAAACCAUUUAGCUGUGGUGACUGUGGGAAAGGCUUCAAUCGGAAGGUGAGCCUAACUGAACAUAAAUUGACUCACACCAGAGAGAAGCCAUUUACCUGUGGUGACUGUGGGAACAGCUUCCAUCUCAAAAGGAACCUAACUAGGCACAAACUGACUCACACCAGAGAGAAACCAUUUAGCUGUGGUGACUGUGGGAAAAGCUUCAAUCGCAAGGAUACCUUAACUUUGCACAAAUUGACUCACACCAGAGAGAAACCAUUUAGCUGUGAUGAGUGUGGGAAAGGCUUCAAUCGGAUGGUGAGCCUAACCACUCACGAAUUGACUCACACCAGAGAGAAACCAUUUAGCUGUGGUGACUGUGGGAAAAGCUUCAAUCGCAAGGAUACCUUAACUAUGCACAAACUGACUCACACCAGAGAGAAACAAUUUAGCUGUGAUGAGUGUGGGAAAGGCUUUAAUCGGAAGGUGAGCCUAACCACUCACGAACGGACUCACACAGCAGAGAAACCAUUCACCUGUGGUGACUGUGGGAAGAGUUUUAUUUAUAAGAGGGGCCUAAUGAGACAUAAACUGAUUCACACAGGAGAGAAACCAUUUAGCUGUGGUGACUGAGGGAAAAGUUUAAAUCGCAGUGAGACCUUAACAACACACAGACUCACACCAGAGAUAAACCAUUUAGCUGUGGUGACUGUGGGAAAAGCUUCAAUCGGAAACAUCAUGGCUGCUCAGUCUGUGAUAAAAUAUUAAUUCAGAAGACUAAUCUGCUAACACGUGAAAAACAACCACAAAGAAAGUAAAUGAGGACACAGAGAGGAGACUAAGAGAGUAUUGAGAUACACCUGUGACCAACUGAGGACAUAGACACAGAGAGGAGACUAAGAGAGUAUUGAGAUACACCUGUGACCAACUGAGGACAUAGACACAGAGAGGAGACUAAGAGAGUAUUGAGAUACACCUGUGGACCAACUGAGGACAUAGACACAGAGAGGAGACUAAGAGAGUAUUGAGAUACACCUGUGGACCAACUGAGGACAUAGACACAGAGAGGAGACUAAGAGAGUAUUGAGAUACACCUGUGGACCAACUGAGGACAGAGACACAGAGAGGAGACUAAGAGAGUAUUGAGAUACACCUGUGACCAACUGAGGACAUAGACACAGAGAGGAGACUAAGAGAGUAUUGAGAUACACCUGUGACCAACUGAGGACAUAGACACGGAGAGGAGACUAAGAGAGUAUUGAGAUACACCUGUGACCAACUGAGGACAUAGACACAGAGAGGAGACUAAGAGAGUAUUGAGAUCCCCUGUGGACCAACUGAUGACAUAGACACAGAGAGGAGACUAAGAGAGUAUUGAGAUCCCCUGUGGACCAACUCUAACUGGUUCUCCUGAUCCUGCUCAGUCCAAUGUGAAAGUAAUUAUAUAAUGGGACUGUUGUCUGAACCUAACAGGCAAUGUUGCUGCUCUUUGUGUAUGAAAUGGACAAUCUGCAGUUCAGACAACCACCAGUUUUUAGGUGAACAACUGGGAGAUGGUGUUGGAGAGUUGUGAACACUCAAUGUCGUAGACAGAUCUAUAGAUACAAGAUGUCCAGAUCUGAUGCAGGGUUUCCAAUAGGCGGCCCGUUGGUGGUUUUAUUUGGCCCAAGUUUUCUGAGCAAAACAAGAUAAAUAAAUACAAAAAUUCUAUAUAUUUUGAUUCAUUUUUGAUCUUUUUUUAAAU